CAUGACUCUGCCCAUAUAAAUACCACAACCACCUUAGCUUAAAUUGAAAAUCCAAAUUUGCACUGAUCAUAUUCCUAAAAAAACUUGUUGUCUCAUAACAAUGGGGAACUGCCUAGUUCUUCAAGAAAAGGUGAUGAAAACAGAUGGUGAAAUUCUAGAACACCUGUUAGUAAAAAACAUGCAUCCAAAUGCUCAAGUGCUUCAAAACAACUUACACUUUUCUAUAAAGACGACGACAAAGAAGAAGGCAGUUCGAUUCUCAGACAAAGUAUUAAUGGAAGGCGGAGAUGAAGCAAGUCGAGUUGUGAGGAUCAAGCUUGUGAUCAGCAAGAAAGAGCUGCAGGAAAUGCUAAGUGAAGGAGAAAUUUCAGUUGAUGGAAUGAUUCUUAAGGUGCAGAAUCAAGAAACCACAAGCAAGGUUGAAUCUAAUGAUAGAGAUGGAGUGAUUGCCAAAGGAUGGUUUCCAGCCCUUGAAAGCAUCCCUGAAAUAAACUAGUUUUUGGGUUUUCCAAAAAGAACACGAAAAAAGUUUUUUGAGUAUUAAUAUUUCUUGUUAACAAGUGUAAAUAUACACACUGUAGUUUGACAGAAAAUAUGGUGUUGCUCAUUUAGUCCAUGCGAGGUAGACUUCAUUAACAUUCCACUUGUAUUUGUGGUUACAAAACCGCGAUAAAAAAAGGCGGUAGCAAUUAGGAAAAGAUGCAGCUACACCUUUGCAUGUUGAUAAAAUGAGAUACAGAAAAAUGGGUGCUUAAAUGAAGCAAACAUAAUGGAAGUUUUUUCAAUGAGUUUAUAUAUCUUAAA